AUGAAGAUCUCGGCGUUGAUGCAGGCUAUUAGCCUAUUUUUGUCUCUCGGUAUUGCUGUUGAGGGAAAGGGACACUCACGAACAGACGCUUGCAAGCCGCAUCACCCGUUCAAGCCGCUUCCUCCCAGUCAAGCGAGAACCAAGACUUGCCACGUUGCUAGCCAUGGCCACGGCAAAGAUGAUGCUGCCAAUAUUCUGUCUGCCUUGAAAAAAUGUAACAAUGGCGGCAAAGUUGUCUUCGACGCCGAUAAAACCUAUACUGUCGGCACGGCCAUGGAUAUGACUUUCCUCAAGCAUGUGGAUCUGGAGAUCCUGGGGACCAUCCAGUUCACUAACGACACGGAUUACUGGCAAGCGAACGCCUUUAAGCAAGUCUACCAAAACGCAACUACCUUUUUCCAACUUGGUGGUGAAGACGUCAACGUCUACGGCGAUGGCAUCUUGGACGGCAAUGGCCAGGUCUGGUAUGACCUCUACGCUAAAGAUGCUCUGAUUCUGCGUCCAGUGCUGGUAGGCGUCAUCGGCUUGCAUGGUGGUACCAUCGGUCCGUUGAAGCUUCGAUACUCGCCGCAGUGGUAUCAUUUCGUAGCAAACUCGACAGAUGUGCUGUUUGAGGGGAUAGAUAUCACCGGCUAUAGUACGAGCAGCAAUACGGCGAAGAAUACGGAUGGCUGGGAUAUCUAUCGAUCCUCUAACAUUGUUAUUCAGGACUCGGUCAUUAACAACGGCGAUGCAGAUUGUGUCUCUUUCAAACCUAACAGCACCGAGAUUCUGGUCCAGAACCUUCACUGCAAUGGCUCACAUGGUAUCUCCGUUGGCUCUCUGGGCCAGUACAAGAAUGAGAUUGAUAUUGUUGAGAACGUGCUCAUCUUCAACAUUUCCAUGUUCAACGCCUCGGAUGGUGCGCGCAUCAAGGUCUGGCCGGGUGUUUCCUCUGCUCUCUCCACAGAUCUGCAGGGUGGAGGCGGCUCUGGUAGUGUGAAAAACAUUACCUAUGAUACAAUGACAAUCGACAACGUCGACUACGCUAUCGAAGUUACCCAGUGCUACGGACAAAGUAAUCUGACUCUGUGCAAUGAGUACCCCAGCAGCCUCACUAUCUCGGAUGUGCUCUUUACAAAUAUCAAGGGAACGACGUCUGGAAAAUACGACCCCGAUGUGGGAACAAUCGUCUGCUCGAGUCCCGAUGUCUGCUCGGAUAUCAAAGCGACUAAGAUUGACGUAACGAGUCCAGACGGGGAUGAUGCAUUUGUUUGCACCAAUGUGGAUGACAUCCUACUGGAUGUCAAGUGUGCGUCAUCCAGCUAA